AUGCCAUCAACAGAACGUGAUACCUCGCGCGAUAGCGAGCGGGUCUUGAAGCAUCAACAUUCUGCUUCAUCAGAUACUAGUCGAGCCAUUGUCCCUAUGUGGGACAGCUCCGACCCUGAACGCGCACCUCCUCCAUUGCCCAUGAACCCUUCGUCGCCAAAUGUUGCUUCGAAGCCAAAUACAUCCAUUGCCAUACAAUCCGCACAUGCUGCACUGACGGAGAAGGCUAGGGAAAGCACCUACAUGACAAAUCCUCCCCCAAGACGUGUCGAAGUCUCUCCUGAGCGGUCUCUGAUCAGAGGGGCUGCUCAUAAACGCAUGCAAUCACUGCAAACUGGAAACGUACGGGAUUUAAGUAGUUUCCUGGAAGGAGGUUCGCUAUUUGGUUCACCAAAGUCGCCAGAGAAAAGUGCAACGCGGCCGGUCACUCCACAUACAAGCAAAGAUUUCUCAUUGGAGGGAAGACGCACAGAGAAGUCGCCAGAAAAGCUGCCAGAGAAAUCACCGGAAAAGUCACCAGAGAAGGAGAGAGACCGCUCAGCAACGCCAACUCCGGGCCGGGAAACGCCAACUCGAGAUUUUGCUACAGUAAGGCCGUCUUUACGGCGGCCGCCCCAAAGCAUACUGGGCGAUAACACACCACCUCAGUCAGCAACAAUGCUCGCUUUACAAAAUAUGGGUAGGGACGUGGAUAGUCCUAUCUCAAAUUCCACGAAUGGUUCUACGGCGCUGGUUCGCACUCCACAAACAUUCGACGCGAUCUCGAAUCAAAUCCUAAGCCUUACCAGCAUUGCUACCAAUCUACAGCGAGAAAUGGCCCAGCUCAGCAGACGAAGCAAAGACAAUGCUACCGACCUUGUAAGCCUGAAAGAGGCAACAAACGCACGAGAUGAGGAUAUCCGAAAGAGUCUCCGGGAGCUGGUUAGCAACCUAGCUGAAACUGGCUCAAGGUCAUCAAGUGCUAUAUGCGGAAACGGGCCGCUUUACUUGGACUCUAAACCACACAAUUCCCCAGGCUCAAGGAACGCCAAAACCGUUUCACUACCACGUAUUCCAAGCCCAAAUAGCUUUUCAGCCUCACUUGAUAGAGAAUCGAUGUCUAGCCCUUGCCCUAUGAGUUCUGAUGGUGCUGCUAGCAUCGCCCUUCUUGAAAAGGUCCUCCGCGAAAUGGGGACCAAGGAUGGCCAGGAGAAUCUUGUAUCAAGGUUAACCGAAGUUGGGGACCGUCUCUCACAGGAUGGAAUGUCGACUGCAAAAAGGCUUGAUGAGUUACUUGAAUUUAUCAAAAGCAACAACCCACACAUGUCUGUGGCACAGAAAGAUGGAGGUAUAGGCAAUCAAAGACCUAGAAAUUUCAGCUUCGAUGAUCCUCCACGAUUGGAACUAGAUUUCGACCAACCGCGAUCUGGACCAAUGACACAACGAGUGGAGGCUCUCCUUAACCUGGGCAAUAACAAGGAGAACGCCGGGAGACCUAAUACAGCACGAGCAUCUGAAGUCAUAAACGACGACAUCCUAAAGAUCAUUCGAUCGGUUAAGGAUAGUGUUGCCCAAGGGGGAGGCCUUACUGCUGAAGUCAAGGCCCUCGUCCGUGAACUACGUGGGGAGGUAUUAGGCAUGGGUCGCGAAAUUGGACGUAAGCUUGACCAGGUCGGCAAAUCGAGCGAUUCUACCGCAAAAGACUCCAAUGCAGAAAAGGGGAAAGUAGCCCGAGUGGUACAGGACGGACUCGAUGAGCUGAAACAACACCUGGAAGAGAUUGUGCGUGAGAAUCGACGUCAGUCGGCUACUUCCGCGAUCUCCCGCAAUACUGUUGACUACCAAGAAAUCUAUAAUGCUAUGCGAGCUGCCAUCAACGAAAAGCCUCGCGAGUCAAGACCAGCCGGACUUCAGAAGGAAGACAUCAUUGAAGCUGUCAGAGAGGCCUGGGAAAAUUAUAAGCCCGAUAUCGAGCUUCAACAGUUUGGAUUGGAGCGAGAAGAGCUUCUAGAGUGCUUGAAGGAAGGCAUCCAGCAAUAUGCCCCUCAAGAGAAUUCCCAACAAGCGGCAGGUGCAACACGUGACGAGGUUUUCACAGCUGUUAUCGAGGGUCUCAAACACUUUUCGCCUCCCCGAGUAGAGACAGAAGCUAGCCUCUCCCGUGAAGAGAUCCUUGAUGCUGUGAGAGAAUGCCUGGAAGAAUUUGAAUUUCCGGCGGCUCCUGCACCCGAACCAAGAGAAACCGGUAUCACUCGAGAGGACAUGCUUGAUGCUGUCCAUGAAGGCCUGCAUGGCUUCGAUUUCCCUACCAAUACAAAUGCCGUAAGUCGAGAUGUUGGGGGAGGCGUUACCCGCGACGACAUGGUCGAUGCUGCCCGAGAAGCACUUCAUACAUUCGAUUUCCCGACGAAUGCGACUACUUCAAAUAGAGAUGUAGAAUCGACAUUGACUCGCGACGAUGUUCUUGAUGCGAUUAAGGAAGGCCUCCAUAGCUUUGAUUUCGCUGCCAACACAACUGCUUUGAGCCGAGAUGUUGGGGGUAGCGUAACUCGAGACGACAUGCUCGAUGCUGCCACAGAGGCACUUCAUAUGUUCGAUUUCCCAGCUAGUACAACUAGUCCCAAUCGAGAUAUAGAACCGACCGUGAAUCGCGACGAUGUGCUUGAUGCGAUCAAAGAAGGACUCCAUACCUUUGAUUUCACAACCAGUUCACCAAGUCAUGACGACGUACUCGAUGCCGUAAAGGAAGGUCUCCAUACUUUCGACUUCGCGGCUAAUACAACGAUUCGAGAGGAUGUACUUCGUGCGGUCAAUGAGAGCCUUCAGGCCUUUGAUUUCACGGCCAAUCCCAUGGCCUUGAGUCGUGAUGUUGGUGGGACCUUAAAUCGGGAUGAUAUUUUUGAUGCUGUUAAAGCCGGUCUUGAAGAAGCCCCCUUGCAAAUCGACCCUUACGGGGAGCAGAUUAUGGAGCGGUUGCAAGACAUAAUGCAGGAAAUGCAGACAGAAUUCAGAGCCGUAUCAGACGAGGCCAAACAAAAUGUAUCGGCUCAUGGGAGAGACACCGAACAAGUUCUCGACGCAACAAAAGACGGAUUUGAGAAGCUCCGUACCGAUAUUGAGUCGUACGUUGACCGUGCCGCUGGAACUCCCGGGAAGGAUGAGAUUUUGGGCGGUAUCACCGAGAACUUCAACGCCCUUCGUGCCGAUGUAGAAGUCUUGCUCUCCGAUAAAUCUGCUAGCUCGAUGGAGGCUGUCCAAGGUGAAUUGGAACAUCUCCGACAGACAAUGGCUACUUCUUUAGUUCGCGGAGGUGGCAAUAUCGACAAGGAUGAGAUUCUAGAUGCUCUCAGGGACGGCCUAGAUGGAAUUCGUGCAGAUAUCGAAAGACCUCGAGACACCAAUGAGAGCGUUGUCUCCGGCACAGGCGACAUCCUAGAUGCUCUCCACGACGGACUGACUGGUUUACGUACCGAGGUCGAAAAGGUUCAUAAUAAGCCUGUGGAUAUGACCGUCAAUUACGAGAUCUUGGACGCCUUAAAGGCUGGGUUUGAAAGUCUCCGAGUUGACAUUGACCGUCUCCGUGAAAACGGCUAUGGGGAGCGAGCAGUCGCAGAACUUAAUGAUGGCGCUGUCAUCGCUGCUGAAGGCUUGAAACGAAAUGACAUCGAAAAUCUUGAGGUUCUCAUUACGCAGUUACGCAUAAAAAUUGACGCACUCGAGUCCAUGCCGCCGCCUGCUGCAGAACCCGCCCAUGGGUCGUUGUCAAAGGAUGAUCUCUCAAACGUUGAGCAAAGACUUGCUGAAGUUCAUGAAACAAUUGAAAGGAUGUCAAGUCGUGAUCGCUCCGUCGAGGAGGAUACUGCCACAAGAGAAGAUGUAGCAGCUAUUGAGACUCUUCUUCGGAAUGCGAAGGCCAAAAUUGACGAAAUGGAUCCUGAACAGACCGUCAAAAAGGACCACCUCGACGCCGUUGAGCUUCUUCUUUUCGAAACUCACGAGAGUGUGAAGGAGUUGAAAGUACAAAUGGAAGAUGUAUCAAAGCGAGAUGAUGUCAAUAUGAUCGAAGGCCUCCUCCGCGGUGUAGUGGAAGGGCUUGACGAGAUGAAACAGCGCGUGCCAACCGACGAGGAGGAGGCUGAAAAGGUUACUAAGACUGACGUUGAAGCAGUAGAGGCACUCUGCCUAGAUGUCAAGGACGCCAUUGAGCAAAGGGUCUUAUCGGACAUAGCAGAUUUAGCGUCAAAGGAGGAUGUUAAAAAUCUUAGCCAAAUGGUCAAGGAGUUCAACGGCCGAAUCGAAACUCACGCGGGAAAUAACGCCAAAGCAUUUGAAGAGCGUCAAGCAGAGACAGUCGGAGUCGGCGAACGGGUAACGGAGAUCAAGGUCUUCCUGGAAGAGUUCAAGGAAGCAAUCAAGGAAAAAUUGACCGACGGAGCUACUAGCGUUGAGACUCUGGGCAAAUUUCUUGAGGGCAUGGGGGAGACCAUUGGACAGAAUGCAAAUGUUGCUGAUGAUCUAAAGGAGAUGUCUGAGACCAUGAAAACUGAGUUUGAGAAGUCCAACGCUGGCGUCGUUGGUUCGAAGCUUGAGGCGGAUGAGAAGUUCCUGGCCACCUGGGAAAGGUUUGAUGCGAAGCUCGACGAAAAGUUCAAUGAGUUAAUGUCAAAAUAUGACGAUGCCGAGAUAGCAGCCGGAGCGAAGGCAAAGACUGAUGACGAAAAGAACGCUGAAGUCGAAGCAGCAAUGCUAGGUACAAAAGCUGUUGCAGAAGAGCUGAAGGUGCUAGUUGAUACCUUGGGUGUAACUCUAACCGACUCAGUCGAAAAGAUGGAUGAGGCUUCCAAGACCGUCUUCAGUCGGGUCGACGAGACUUUCACAAGAGUGGAGGAGGCUCAUGCGGACGCAAAAGCAGAGCACCAACUUACCAGGGAGCAAGUUUCCAAGACUAUUGGAGCAGUCGAAGGUGUGCACAACCAAGUUACAGAGUACCAUCCCAAAAUUCUCGAGUCCAUAAAGGAUAUUUUGCUCAUAGUUGGUCAACAUUAUGAACAUUCCAAAACAACAAAUACUACGCUUCAAGAGAAGAUCGAGGGAAUACCACAACCAGCACCACCUCCAGAAGUUCCUCUUCUUCGGGACGCACCCGUGGCCGAGAAGUAUGAUGACGCCCCAGUUCAUGAAAAGCUUGAUAAGCUAGUUGAUCACAUGCAUGCUGCUGGAAAAUCUUUUGCACAGUUGGAUAUGCUUGACAAGAUCCACCGUCAGGUAAUGCACACAGCUGCGGAAGUUUCGGAAUUUGUGUCUGUUCAAACCCAACGCAUCUCCGAUGACCACGAGGACAAGGAGAAGGCUGUCGAAGCGGCUUCAAUUGCCCUAGAGACACGUCUCGCACAGAAAGAACAAGUUGAAGCUAACGUGGUUAAUCUUCGAGAUGAAGAGGAGCGCUUGAAAGAGUCUGUUUCAAUCCUCAAGGCGGAGCAAGAUGAUCUUGCCCACCAGAAGAUGAGACUAUCAGCAGAUGUUUCUAGCCUUGAAACAGCUUUGCGGAUCCGACGUGAAGAACUUCAAGCGAUGGAAUCAAGGGCUGAGGGAUUAGAGCGUCGCAUUUUGGAGGGCGUUAUCGACCACUCUCGUGCCAUGCUGCUCUCAAAGUCCAAUAAGGGCCAUGAUGCCAUGAGCCGCAAACGCGUCCCAAGCCAUGCUACCUCAAUUACUGGGUCUGUGUCCUCCGCCGCCACCUCAAGGGCUUCAUACACAACUCAAAGUGCCGUUAACAUGGCUAUGGGCGGGAAUCGCGCCAUGGUUAGCGUACCGAUCAACAACCCUGCUGGAGCAUCCCGCCGUAUCCUUUCACUCAAUCAGAUUACACAUAACGUCCCAACCGGUGGCAUGAAACGCAGUCACAGCGUUAAGAACCCUGGAGGCUCGGGGGCAAUGAGAAAAUCCAGCUGGGGCGGGUCACUGAACCAAAAGUAUGGCGACCUCAACAAGGAGAAUCUUGCACUAAAGGAGCUGGUAGAAAGUGACGAAGAUGACGCCAACGAAUCGGGGGAUGGCAGUGAUAGUGAAGGCCAUAGGCGUAGUAGCCGGGGAACAACCAUAAUGACUGGUACCGGGACGGGAUUUACUGAGAGUACCAUCGAUGAGGGUACAGAGUGGACUGGAAGCGUUGACGGCGAGGACCACGAUGGGAGCGAUGAAAACUCCACUACGGGGCCAUCUCAAAUAGUGUUAUAUGAGGAAGAUGGACUGUUAGUUUAG